GCGGGGAGCCUCUGGGCCCUGAGGCGGGGGGGCUGCCGGUAGGGAUUUUAGUGGAAACCGUCGUCUGUCGGGAUGAGUUUUCUCCUGCCCAAACUGACCUGUAAGAGGGAAGUGGAUCAGGCGAUAAAAAGCGUGGCCGAGAAGGUUUUGGUUCUUCGGUUUGGAAGAGAUAACGAUGCUGUUUGUCUGCAGCUCGAUGAUAUUCUUGCAAAGACAGCUCAUGACCUAAGUAAAAUGGCAGUCAUUUACCUGGUGGAUGUGAACAAGGUUCCAGUGUACACCCAGUAUUUUGACAUCAGUUAUAUUCCAUCUACUGUAUUUUUUUUCAAUGGACAACACAUGAAGGUUGAUUAUGGGUCGCCAGAUCAUACCAAAUUUGUAGGAAGCUUCAAAACAAAGCAAGACUUUAUAGAUCUGAUUGAAGUGAUUUACCGUGGAGCAAUGCGUGGAAAGCUCAUUGUGAGAAGUCCUAUUGAUCCCAAUAACAUUCCUAAAUAUGACCUUCUCUACCAAGGAAUUUAAUGGGUUGACCUGAGAUAAAGAAUUACGGAAAUGGCCGAUGUUCUAGAUCCCUUUUUUUCUUCAAGCAUUUUUAGCCACCGCUGACACCGUGGGACAGUUUGAGCAUUUAUAUUGAAGGAUCAUAUUGGUCUCCUUCUGAAGACAGACAUUCUGUCACCUCAUACUUCUCUCGUAAAUAAAGCUACAUGUUCAUGCGUAGAAUUCACGCAAGUGACUAUUUGAGUUGCAUGCUGACCAGCACCUCCAAAACAGGCAGGUUGUAUGCAUCCUGAAUGACAGCAUCUCCAGUGCAACUUUCUUAAGUGAACUAAAGCACUGUAUAGUCUAUUAAUUGUCUAUUUAGUACCAUUUUCAUUCAGAUGCAAUAACAGUAAACCUAUCAUUUUUUAAAAAGCUAUGCUUGCUCUCAAGAGCAUUCAACUGAUGGUGCCUUUCCACUGGAAUUUUAGACUUUUACCCAUUACUGGAUAAUGGGACAGAAGCUUUUUCAAACAGUAUUAGAGAUGACUGAAAUCUGAAAUGGAUAUAAACAAAAAAGGGAAGUUGACACUCUCUUUUCUCUGGUACCCAGUAUUACUGUUCAAUUUUUUUUGACUGAGAUAGGAACUGAAGGUGUAGGACAAGGUUUUGUCAUCCUUCAAAGCUCUUUUGCAGCCACUGAGCACUUUUAAUUCCCACA